GCGGUGGUGGUGGCGACGAUAGUAGUAGUAGUAGUAGUAGUACGGGGGAAGCAGGAGGUAGAGAAGGCUCGAGGAAGGCUCUGCCAGCCGCCGGAAGAGCAUCGACGGCGACGGGGGCGGGGAAGCUGUCCACCAAACGGAACGACCGCUCGGUGAUACGGACGGCGAGUCGAACAGUUUCCCAAACGGAUACGAAUAUACCAACUAUCAACGAUAGUCGCCGAUUUUCUGUCAGUCGGUAUUCAGCAAAGGGGAAGGAAGAAGGAGACGGCGGCGGUGGCGGUGGUGGCUGCGGCGGCGGCGGCGGCGGCGGUGGUGGCGGUGGCGGUAGAAACAGCAGCGGUGGCAGCGGUAUUGGUUGAGAAGGCGGAACUGGAGGAGCAACAAGAAAAAGAAGCAAUUGGAUAGAACGGCAACGAAAAAUAAUAGGAGUAUAAUAUAUAUACAUAUACAUAUAUAGCUUCGAGAAACAAAGGAGAGAUUGAAUUCGACGAGUAGAGAUCUUUACUAGCCGAUCGAAAAUGGCAGACACGAGUGAGCAACAAACGCUGUCCGAGCCCCAUACGAACGGAAUAAUGGAUGGUUUGACAGAAGAAGAGAAAAGUAAAAUGAGGCCUGCCGAUAUCGACGCGGAUAUGAGAGAAAUGGAAAGAAGGAAGAGAGUCGAGAUGAUGAUGAACUCGAGACUUUUUCGGGAAGAACUGGAACGUAUUAUUGAGACGCAAAUGAAAGACGGUGCCGGACCAUCUGGCCUUUUACAGCAAAUCUCGGACAUGAUGGGCGCGCAAGGUGCUCGAUUUAACGGCAAUGUAUUUAAAAAUUCGAAUUGCGUGUUACCCAUCAACGAUAUACGCGGUGUUGAAAGUAUGGGUUACGCGAAAGGAGAAAAAUUGUUACGCUGCAAGUUGGCAGCAGUGUUCAGAUUGCUCGACCUUUAUAGCUGGACUCAGGGCGUAGGUGGACAAAUCACGGCUCGUCUAAACCAAGAUCAAGAACACUUUCUAGUUAAUCCGUACGGAUUACUGUACCAUGAAAUAACUGCCUCUAGUUUGGUUAAGGUUGAUAUGCAAGGGACGAUCGUGGAACAGGGAACGACCAAUUUUGGAGUCCACGUAACAGGAUUUCAGUUGCACUCGACGAUUCAUGCUGCCAGGCCUGACAUUAAGUGCAUCGUUCACAUCACUACUCCGUCCGUAACCGCUAUUUCAUCUUUAAAGUGUGGUUUGUUACCAAUCGGGCAAGAGAGUAUAGUAAUAGGGGAGGUGAGCACACAUCAGUAUAUAGGCGGAUCUUUCGAACCGGAGGAAAAAGAAAAGAUCGCCAGAAAUCUUGGUCCAGUGAACAAAGUGAUGCUGUUGACAAAUCGCGGCGCUCUUUGUUGCGGAGAAACUGUCGAGGAAGCUUUCUUUAACGUUUAUAAUACGGUAUUAGCUUGCGAAACGCAACUGAAAUUGAUGCCUGCAGGGCUCGAUAAUCUAAAUCUCAUCUCCGAAGAAUCGAAGAAAGCUAUCUUUGAAGCCUCUAGGAAACCACCAACUCCUCAGCAAACAAUCUCGAUUCCCGAGGGUCCAGCUAUAGCUGAGAAACUCGAGAAACGUUGGCGAAUCGGUGGAUCAGAAUUCGAAGCGCUCAUGAGGAUGCUUGAUAAUGCUGGAUUUCGUACAGGAUAUAUGUAUAGAAACCCAUUGGUGAAAGGAGAACCUCCUCGACGUCGGAACGACGUCGAAGUACCGCCGGCAGUAUCAUCCUUGGGAUAUUUGCUCGAAGAGGAAGAACUGUACAAACAAGGGCUUUGGAAAGGUGGUCGGAAAGGCACUGACAGAUCGCGUUGGUUGAAUUCACCAAAUGUGUAUCAGAAGGUUGAAAUACUGGAAACGGGAACUCCUGAUCCGAAAAAGAUCACAAAGUGGGUAUCAGACGGCUCACCGACCCAUAGCAGUACACCGGUCAAGAUCGAGAAUGCUCUUCAAUUUGUACCGAAAAACACCAAUCCAAAGGAGUUUAAGCAAAUACAACAACAGAUUAAAGAUUAUCGGAGAGCGGACAAAAUAUCGGCUGGACCGCAGUCUCAUAUAUUGGAAGGAGUUACAUGGGAGGAAGCUAAGAAGAUGCAGGAUGCCACGAUUAGCGGAACAGGCGAACAAGUAGUUUUGGUAGGGGCAGCCAGUAAAGGUAUUAUUCAACGAGGCUUUCAGCACAACGCGAUGGUCUACAAGACUCCGUAUGCCAAAAAUCCUUUCGAUGCCGUUACGGACCAAGAACUGGAUCAAUAUAAGAAAGAAGUCGAACGUAAACAGAAAGGAGAUCCAUACGACGAGUCGCAAUCGGAAUCAGAGGCCUUGUCGUCGUUCAACGUCAGCCGCGCAACACACGAAUCAAGCACUGCGAAAAGUCCGAUCCAGUCGCCAGUUUCUGUAACUUCGGAAACUGAAGAGGAAAGUAGAGAUGAACCGCGAGUGCUCCGGAUAGAAACGAAACAAGUGCCUGCACCGAGUCAGCCAGAAGUUGUCCUCAGCGACGAUCGUGAUUCAUGGAGCAGAUAUUGCAGCGAAAGUGAAAAUGGCCAAGAGAUCAAGAAUGAAAAUUGUGUCGACAAGAAAGAGUGCGUCAGCCAAGUUUGUAAUCAACACGGUUACGGAUGCGGACACGAACCUCGAUUGGAAAUAGCUAGAAGCGGGAUUAUCGCGAAACGACUGAUCCCCACGAUAAUAUCGUACUCUUCGAAAGCGGUAUCUCAAAAAAUUGACACCUUGAUUGACUCGAGUUUUGAACCUUGUUUUUCGAAAAUGAAGAAGAAGAAGAAGAUAAAGAGGAGAAAGAAGAAGGGGGUGAUGAAGAAGCAGGCGGGUGAAAGUCUGUGGAAUGCUGGAAGAGGAAGUGUCGAUCAAACGAUAUCGGGAAUAAUUGAAAAAAACAACGAGGACGUAGCAAUGAAUUACAAGUUGGUCGAAGUAAACGUUUCGAAAGGUGUCGCAGAAAUUGUAAGCGAUAGCGAUACGGAUGGGUGUUCAAAGGAAACUCGAUCGAACGGUUUUUCGCGAUCGGCUGUUCAAAUUUCUACCAAAUAUAAUUUGAACACCGCUGAUAUGACGUUACUAUACAGUUUGACGCCGUCCAUAGACUCCGAGUGUCCGGACAAUGUGGACGUGGAAACAAACAAUGAUCAUAUACGUUAUAAUCAUCGUGUUCGAUUGAACCUGGAGAAACAGGAAUUCCGUAACUUCGAGAACUGCCCUGAUUUGAUUUGGUCUGACGAUUUUGCCGAUGAGAACGGAAAAUAUCAACUUCUAGAAGAUGCUCGUGCUUUUAAGUUUGCUGGAAGGAAUAAUAAUUAUUCGUUUAAGAGCGAACAGACCGAAGUUUAUUCGCACGAAGAAUCCGAUAUAUCAAAAUUUCCUGGUUCAUCGGUUUUGGAAUUACUCGAGACCAAUGCUAACGAUUUUCGAAAUGACAUUAGCAUUAGCGCGAACGAAAUCAUCGCCGAGCUCGAUGCAAACGAUAUUUAUGCGAGUAUCUCUUGUCUCGUCGCAGAAAUAUUCGAAACAGUUUGUACCGUUUGUGGUGAACGAUCUAUCGAUCAGCGCGGUCUGUUAGAUAUACCCGCGUCCACGUUCGCAUCUACCUCCGUUUGUACCUCUACCUCAACCCCUAUCUCGACCUCUACCUCUACCCCUACCUCUGUUUCUGUAUCUAUUUCAACAUUUUCGCCUUCAUUUUCUAGACGUCUCUCGUCCUCGACCCUGUUAUCCAUUGUGGAAAACGAAAUCUACCAUCCCACGGAGAAGGAUACCAGAAUACGUCGGAAGAAUUCGUGGAUCGAGAAUGACAAUGAAAAUAGACCGCUUUCCGUUGUGCGUGAAAUCGUUCAUCAUAUAAUCGAUACAAACGAUCAAGUUGAACGAAUAUACGAGAAUACUGCAACAAUCGUUGAAACAACGGUACCCGAUUGGUCUUAUAAAAAGGCUAAAAACAAUGUAAACGUGGGUCUUAUCGAAACUGACAAUACUAGAAAUAUUAUCGGUAGUGUUCAAGGGCCGUUCACCGCUAAUUUCGACACCUCGGUCGAAAUGGACAAAGAAAACAACGAAUCGAUUGAUUCGACCGAUGUCGUUUUCGAAUUCCAUACCAUAGCGAGGAGAAACUUGGCGAAGGACAACGAAAAACAUAUUGAAUUGAAUUUUCGAGUUGAGCCGAGUCACGAUGGUCGGGGCACUGUUGACGGUUCGAAAGCGGUAUGAAUCUUGGACCGAAAAGACGAGACAAGAUGCAGUAUUUGUGUAAACGACAAAACGGAAUCGAUCGCGGGCCGGGGUGAUCUGCCAGGUCAACUAUGAGUUUCACUUACAAUAACUUCGGUUGUACGCAACGAGAAACCAGUUUCAAUAAUUGUUUUAAAAGCGAGAGCGACUGCAAUUAAAUAGAGUUACUAUUUACUGCGCCUAAAACAUUGCUGCACAUUCAGUCACGAUCUCAGGUGUCUCCGUUACCAUCUGUAAAUAAAAAAAAAAGCGACAA